CCCCACAAACCUCUCACCUCUCGGGUGGAGAUGUCAGUCUUUCUCCUGCUGCUGACUGACAUGUUCUCCAUCUUGACGGUUGUAAUUUCAGAGGAGACACCGUUUUUUUCUGCAGACUUUCUAGAAACCAUUAAAACCAGAGAGGUUUAAAUAUUGGUGACGUGAAACCCUGUGAGGAGCAAUGGCGCAGUGGAUAAUACUUCUGUUUUCUUUCUACGGAGCUCUGCACGGACAAGAAUUUCAGCCUCCUACUAUAGAAGAGUGCUGUCAGGAUGGGAGGGACCGGGCCCUGGGAGGACAAGACUGUACAAUCCUCCCCCUCAUCUCCUCUUCCCACACCUGCAGGAUUGCCCAGGAGCAGUGCUGUGCAGCGGCAGUAGAACACAAGCUCUGUGACAAUGGCAUCAAAAUGGCACAGGGACAAGGGGCCUGUGAGAGGCCAUUCUUCCAAGGAGACCCUUGGGAAACCAAGAUCUCAAAGACGUGCUGUGACUGCUGCGCUCUCGGUCUAAUGCUGGCCAGCCGUGGCUCGAGCUGUGAGCUCAGGGGUUUGUUGCUGGGGAGACAGUGUGCACACACAACCAAAACUUGCUGUGGCAAAAACACAACAGAGGACAUCAAACCAAGUGUUGAAGCGCCAGUGACAGAGAAGCCUGAGGCCAAUGUGACUGCCAAACCUCCAAACACCUGUACAGACUCACGUUGCUCCCAGUUGUGUGUCGGUAACGGUACAUGUGCAUGUCAUGGUGGUUAUCAGCUGCAGCAGGAUGGAGUGACCUGUGAGGAUAUUAAUGAGUGUCUGACUGAUGGUCACAACUGCGUGUACGGCCAAGUUUGCAUCAACACAGAGGGCUCCUUUCGCUGUCAGAGGGAAACUGGCUGUGGGACCGGGUAUGAACUCACAGACAACAACAACUGCCAAGACAUAGAUGAGUGUGCUUUGGGGACCCACAACUGUGGGAGAGGCUUUCUCUGCAUCAACACUGCCGGCUCGUUUCGCUGCAGGCCCAAGGAGAGUUGUGGAGACGGUUUCAUUCAGGAUGCUGCAGGCAGCUGUAUCGAUAUAAACGAGUGUGUGGCCCAUACCACACCAUGCCUGCCUGGACAGACGUGCAUCAACACAGUGGGCUCCUACACUUGUCGCAGGAACGUAGUGACCUGUGGGCGGGGCUAUCAUCAAUCUGAGGACGGCACACGUUGUGAAGAUGUGGAUGAGUGCCGUACAGGAAACGUGUGCGUCGGCCAUGGCUGUGUAAACUUUGUGGGCUCAUUCCGCUGUGAAUGCAAACUUGGCUUCAUCUUCAACAGUCUCACCAAACUGUGUGAAGAUAUUAAUGAAUGCAGACAUUAUCCUGGGCGGCUGUGUGCUCACAAAUGUGAGAAUACAGAGGGGUCCUAUAUGUGCAGCUGCACCUCUGGAUUCAAACUGUCCCAGGAUGGCAGAAACUGUGAAGAUGUCAACGAGUGUGAGGCCAACCCUUGCAGCCAGGAGUGUGCCAAUGUCUACGGCUCCUACCAGUGCUACUGUCGCCGUGGUUACCAGCUGAGUGACAUAGAUGGGAUAACAUGUGAAGAUAUUGAUGAGUGUGCUCUGCCUACUGGAGGUCAUGUCUGCUCCUACCGCUGCUCUAACGCUCCAGGAAGUUUCUACUGCACCUGCCCACUGACAGGCUACACACUAGCCCACAAUGGACGCACAUGCCAAGAUAUUGAUGAAUGCGCAGUGGGGAGCCAUACUUGCUCCGUCUCUGAAAGCUGCUUCAACAUCCAGGGAGGAUUUCGCUGCCUGUCCUUUGCAUGUCCUGCAAACUUCCGGCAAGCAGCAAGAGGGCAAGAAGCCUCAGUCAAUGUGCGUUGUAUUAAAGCCUGCCAACCAAACGACAUCGGCUGCAAUCUGGACCCCGUCCACCUCAUCACCCACACCAGCAUCUCUCUGCCCACUUUCAGAGACUUCAGUGAACCAGAAGAGAUUGUUUUCCUGCGGACAGCAGCGGCAGCUAACCCUGUUCCUCCAACCGGUGCCACUGAUGUUUUCUUCGACAUCCUGACUCAAGAUCCCCAGUUCUCUUUUGACGUGCAGAAGCGCUCCCAUCAGGGCAUGAUCAUGGGUGUGGUCCGGCAGGUAAAACCUAUUGUUGGCCCCAGGGAUCUUGUCCUAGAGGUGGCCAUGAACUACGUCAAGUCGGGGAUCAUUUCUCAUCGCAAUGUUGUCAUCAUCCAUAUCUUCAUCUCUGAGUUCUGGUUCUAGCUUUAUAGAUGAAACAAAUAAUAUAUAAGAAUAUUUUGGCUCCCUUAUUGUGUUAGAAACACUGUAAAACACCUCAAUGCUGUGUAAUAAAAGAUAGAUAUGCUGUAUAUAAGAUAAUCAAUGGAAAAUGUGAAUUUGCUACUGUUUAAUGGACAGAGGAAAAAAAAGGGGCAGUUUGCAACUCUUUAAAGGUGUUAGUUACAACUUAACUUUGCUUUUCAAACAACAUGUACUAAUUAAACAAGAAUGCAAUAUCAAGAACAGGUUGGUUCAAGUGUCAGAGUAAUCCCAAGAAUGUCGGGCUGCAGACCGUAGAGCUCAGACGCCGCCUCUGUCAGAACUGAAGUGCCGUAACUUACUGGAACUGCAUAUUUCCAAUUUUAGAUUUUUUUUUUUUUAUGAAACUGUUUUUUUAAACAAAGUCUGGCAUUUCACUGCAAACGUUACAAACUAAGAAACGUUUUAUAGUAAAACAGAAUAAAGGUCAGACUUCUAAACGGGGGUUGAAUUAUGUUUAGGUCUGGCUUAGAUCAGAUACAUGAAUAGUGGCUCACUUUCACUUUGUUAGCUUUUGCAAAAGCUUACAUAGCUACGCUAGCUACUUAGUAAAUGUUACUAUGUUAGCCAAUGUAGCUAAAUUAGCUUUGGCAAUGUUGGCUUUAGCAAUCUUAGCUAAAGCUAAUGUAGCUUUGUUAGUUACGUAGAUGAGUAAGCUACAUAGCUAAUAUUAGCUUUGUAUGUAUAGAUAUCCAUGAGCUUUUUAGCUACUGUUUUAGCUCUGUUAGCAGCUUAGCUCCAUUAUCUUCAUUGAGGUGGCCAGACCUUUGAUUUUUUGGAUGAGUCCCAGUUUUUAGAGGCCUGUCCCCGGCUUAUGUUGUCCCUGGAAACAUCUCAGAUUUCUACUCUGAAUUUAAAAAGAGGUUCUUCUUGUUUCAUAGCGAAAGCUUACGUACCUACGUAAGAUACAUAGAUAAUAUAGCUACAUAGCUAACGUUAGCUUGUGAGUAUAGAUAUCAAUGAGCUUUGUGAGGUUUCACUCCAGCUUUUUUAGCUACUGACCUGGUUUUCUGGGACAGUCCCAGAUUUUAGAGACCUGUACCGGGCUUGUGCCGUCUCUGGGAAUUUCUCAGAAUUUGAAAAAAAGAGCUUCUUGUUUCAUAGCUUAAGCUUACGUAGCACAUAAUGUAGAUACGUAGCUAACAUUAGCUUUGUUAAUAUAGAUAUCAAUGAGCUUUGUGAGCUUUCUUCAGCUUUGUUAGCUACGUCCUUGAUUUCCAGGGACAGUCCUGGUUUUUAGAGACCUGUUUCUGGCUUAUUCCACCCCUCGAAACGUCUCAGACUUCUCCUCUGCUUUUUCAUUUUUGUUAAAAAUGAAAAGUGGAAUAGCAAGAGUUUCUCCCUAUUUUUGAGUCUGGUUUCAUCCAUCGGAUCUGCUUGAAAACAGGAAGUCUAAUACAGUUUCAUUUUGAAAGUUUGUUCGUGUAUUUCUAUUCUGUCCUAUGCAGUGUCUCAGAGUAAUGCAGGAGGAAGUGUCUGAGCGUUACAGUCUGCAGUCUGACCCCUCUUGAGUAUUUAGGAAAAAAGAAACCUUCAGUAUCUUACAUCAUUUCAAUAAAAGUUUGGUUAAAAUGA